AUGGAGGGACUGGCUCUGCUGCUGCAGCGGCUGCAGCAGCAGCAGCAACACCAACUGCAGCAGUCGCCCGCACAUAUGCAGGAUUUGCUGCGCCGGAUCAAGGAGUACACGGAACAGCAAAGAACAGCAGAGCAGUGGCUGCACACGCUGCAGCAGCAGCAGCAGCGACAGCAGCAAAUGCAGCAGACGCUGCCGGUUGAACAACAGGUGCUGCACCAGAUUAUAGGGAGACAAACAGCGCAAGUGCGUGUGAUGCAGCAGCUGCAGCAACUGCAGCAAUUGCAGCAGCUGCAACAGCUGCAGCAGCAGGCUCCUGGGGUGCUGCAGCAGCUGCUGCAGCAAGGCGGGACUCCGCAGGAAGAGCAGCAGCAGCUGCUGUGUGCCAUAAGCAACAAAAACCUGCUGCUGCGACAGCUGCAUAACCAGCGGCAGCAGCUAGCUAGUCAACUGCAGCAGCAGCAGCAGCAGCAGGUUGCUGACCAGCUGGCAAACAUAUUAAUAGCUGAGAGAAAAGUAUCGCAGCAGAAAAGCUCCUUAGAAAAGCAGCAGCAGCUGCUGCAGCGCGCAGCAGCAACAGCUGCUGCCAGGCCUGGGAUACCUGCAACUGUUGCUGCUUCUACUUCUCCGACGAACUGUGUUCGGCAGCAACUGCUACAGCUGCUGCAGCAGCAGCAGCAAGCAGCCGCAGCGGAAGCAGGCAGCAGCGGGGCUAAGAGCAGUUUCUUUGUGCCGGCUCUGCAGCAGCGACAGCAGCACGAGGCUGCGCUGCAUCAGCAGCUGUUGCAGCAGCUCAGCAGCAGCAGCAGCAGCAGCAACCAAUACGCUGCAGCUGCUGCUCCGGUAAGAAAACGAAGAGCAGCCCCGAGGCGGCGGCAGCAGCACCAGCCAUUUCAGGCGCGGCAAGCGCUGCAGCAGCAGCAGCACGAGGGGCUGCAGCAGCAGCAGCAGCAGGAGGGGCAGCACCAGCGGGAGGAGCAGCAGGAGCAGGAGCAAGAUGGAGGCGCUGCUGCAGCUGACGACAGCAGCUGCAGCAGCAGCGAGGACGGCAGCAGCCGACUGAAUGCAAAGGAAAGGCAGCAGCUGCUGCAGCAGCAGCAAGAAGAGACGCUGCAGCGGUGUUGCGCCCAGGCAACUUCAGUGCUGCGGUGGCAGCACCUGCGAAGGAAGCAGCAGAAGCAGGAGCAGCAGCAGGAGCAGCAGCAGCAGCAGCAGCAGGAAGAGAGCCGGGGGAAGCGCCGGCGGGUGCAGCAGAGCAGCAGCAAGCCGGAGCAGGAGGGGGGCGACGGCUGCAGCCCCGCAAACAACAGCAGCAGCAGCAGCAGCAGCGAUAGCGACGGGGAAAGCGCAGCAGCAGCAAUUGGCCGCAAACUGUACAGACGGCUGAAGCAGCUGGCAGUGGACCAAAUUAUAGAUCUUAAAGGGAGAGGCAGAAGAGGGAAGUCUGCGAAAGACACAAUGUCUCUCAGCCAAAAAAUAGAUGUUUUCAUCAACAACGGCGUGGCCUGCGGGACCACGGAGAACCUCUCACCGCUGUGCAACGUGUACACCGUAACUUACCGCUUUAAACCCCAAAAUCAUAUUUCAAUGCUUUCGGAUUUGAAGAGAGUUCGGCUGUACAGACAGGCCAUUGACUUUCUCGCCAAAGAGGCGAACACGGCGUUGGAAAUCGGCUGCGGGCCGGUCUGCAUUCUCGCCAUCAACGCGGCAAGGGCCGGAGCGAAACAUGUGACAGCUCUGGAAGUUUCCCGACGCUCCGCCGCAGAGGCUUCUUCUUAUGUCCGCAUUUACGGAUUCGACUCCGUCAUUAAGGUGCAUGCAUUGUAUUCCAAAGAGGCAGACCUUCCGGCCCUCGCUGCAGAGGCCAGACAGACCCUGCAACAGCGCCAGCAGCAGCAGCAGCAGCAGCAGGAACAGGAGCAGGAUCAGGCUGCGAUGAAGCAGCAGGGCGCCGCUGGAAAGAACGGAACCAACAAGGCUAAGAAAACGCCGCAGCCCAGUCCUAAGGGUAGCAGCAGCAGCAGCAGCAACAGCAACAGCAACAAAAGCAGCAACUGCAGCCGCGGCAAGGAAAACAACAAGGGAUUCGAUUUGCUGAUCCAUGAAAUCAUUGGAGAUAUUUGCAGCAAUGAGGGAGUGGCAGACUCUGUGGGCCUUCGGUUUCAGCGGCUGCUGCUGUCUGCCGAAUUCGCCCCUUUGGAAGAACUGCUUUUCGAAGAAGACAUGGCGAAGCAAAUGCUGCAAAAGAGAACUGCGGCCUUCACCUGCACGCGAGCAGGCAAAAUGGCUGGUUUUGUUCUUUGCUGCGAAGUGGAGCUGCUGAAGGGGCUCUCGAUUGACCACCGAAAAGGCGAGGAGGAAAGCCACUGGUACACGAACAUCGCCAUGUUGAGGGAAGAAGUGGAGGUGCUGGAGGGUGACACAGUUGUGGUGUAUACAUGUGCGGACUUGUUGAACUACCAGACAGUGGACGUGCCUCUGGGCUGCUGCUUGUCGGACACGCCGGAGAUGCAGCAGACUCAAUUUCCCGAUAAGAUAAUCACGACGCCUCCUCGCAAGAAGCUGCUGCAGCAGAAGCAGCGGCAACAGCAGCAGCAGCAGCAGCAGCAAGCCAGAACGGCGUCUCCUGAGGAGUGCACAAGUGGCAACGGCGUUCAAGCAGCAGCAGCAACGCCGCAGCCGCAGGAUGAGGAAGACGAAGAGGCGUGGCGCUACCCAUUUGCUGCUGAGCUGCAGCAGCAGCAGCAGCAGCAGCAAAAAGCCCCUCCGGGCCACCGGCGCAUUCGUUUGUCUCGCCCCCGUUUUUCUCUUUCCGCAGAAAUCCACAGGCUGCCAAUUACCCCUCUUAAGGGGAGCUACAGUUGCAGCUGCGGUGGCAGCAGCACCACUAGCAGCAGCAGCAGCAACAGCAGCAGCACGGCAGCGACGACGCCGACUGUGAGCGAAGAUAGCAACAGCAGCAGCAGCCCAAACAGCAGCAAUGUAGCAGCAGAGAACUGCUGCCCUCAAGGGUCUCCUGUUGCUGCUGGAGACAGCAGCAGCAGCGGCAGUGGCGGAGUUAAAACAGAACGCAGCAGCAGCAAAACCUCUGGGGAGACCCCCGCAGCAGCAGCACCAGCAGCAGCAGCACGAAGCGGAGCUCCUUGCUGCUGUUCACAAUCCAGCGAGACGCCUUCGAUUGUUCGGUUGGAGCCAAUCAUAAUUACCUACUCAGAACAGUCACCGUUCCUGGACAAGACAGGGAGCCGCCAAUCCCGCAGAGAGGCGGCAUCAUAA